GGGGGCGGACUCGCGCUUAAAAUCCAUCUUCUCUCCUUCGAUAAUUUUUCUCUCCGUCUCUCUUCCCCUCCUGCUCCUCCGUCGAAGCCGCGACGAUGGCGAUUGCGGCCGCCGGCUGCUACUUCUCCUCCCUCUCCUCCGCCGUCACCUACCGCGGCUCCCUCCUCCCCGGCCUCGGCCGCCUCGCUUCCACCGCGCCGCGCGACUCGCCUUUCCCCCUCAGCUUGAAGUCCGAGCGCAAGCGACCUCCGAAGAAGGAUUCCUCCUCGCCGCCGCCGCCGUCUGCGAAGACGAGCUGGGACAAGGGGAAACCUAUUUCUCAGAAAAAGUAUCCUGGAAGAUCAAAAGAUGAAAGGCCUUAUCCAUUUGUUGAUGGUGAUAGGAAUAGAGGAUCUGCAGGGCGAUCUGAUUCUACGGGUUUUGGUUCGUCUGGCCUCCAAAGAAAAGAAAAGAGGGGUUUCAAUUUCACUGAACAGCGGUCACAAACUGAACCUGGGAAGUUCCAAGAUGCAGCUUCUCUCAAUGCUGUCGUUAAGGUGUAUUGCACUCAUACGGAACCCGAUUAUUCUCUUCCCUGGCAAAAGCAAAGACAAUAUACAAGUACUGGAAGUGCUUUUAUGAUUGGUGAUGGAAAGCUCUUGACUAAUGCACAUUGUGUGGAACAUUAUACACAGGUCAAAGUAAAGAGAAGAGGCGAUGAUACCAAAUACGUGGCUAAGGUUUUGGCUAAAGGCAUCGAUUGUGAUAUAGCUUUGCUUUCUGUAGAGAGUGAGGGAUUUUGGAAAGGAGCAGAACCACUGCAAUUGGGACGCUUACCACAGCUCCAGGAUGCUGUCACUGUUGUUGGAUAUCCGCUUGGAGGAGAUACCAUUUCCGUAACAAAAGGGGUUGUAUCACGUAUAGAGGUAACAUCUUAUGCUCAUGGAUCCUCUGAUUUGCUGGGAAUACAAAUUGAUGCGGCAAUUAAUCCAGGUAAUAGUGGUGGACCCGCAUUCAAUGAUCAAGGAGAGUGCAUCGGGGUAGCAUUCCAGGUUUACAGAUCUGAAGAGGCUGAAAAUAUUGGUUAUGUGAUUCCAACAACAGUCGUUUCUCACUUUUUGAAUGACUAUGACCGAAACGGGAAAUAUACUGGUUUUCCUUGUCUUGGAGUCUUGCUGCAAAAGUUGGAAAAUCCAGCUCUACGUGAAUGUUUAAAAGUACAGUCCAACGAGGGGGUGUUGGUGCGAAGAGUGGAACCAACAUCUGAUGCAAAUAAUGUUUUAAAAGAGGGGGACGUGAUUACUAGCUUUGAUGAUGUUCAUGUUGGGUGCGAAGGAACUGUGCCAUUCCGAUCAUCUGAGCGCAUUGCAUUCCGCUACCUAAUUAGUCAGAAGUUUGCUGGUGAUGUAGUACAACUUGGCAUUAUUAGAGCAGGGACGUUCGUGAAAGUUCCUGUAAUUUUGAAUCCGCGAGUUCAUUUGGUUCCCUAUCAUAUCGAAGGGGGUCAGCCUUCUUAUCUAAUUAUAGCUGGUCUGGUCUUUACCCCACUAUCAGAACCGCUAAUAGAUGAAGAGUGUGAAGAUUCUAUAGGGCUAAAAUUACUAGCAAAGGCUCGCUAUUCUUUGGCAAGGUUCAAAGGUGAACAAAUUGUGAUCCUAUCGCAGGUGCUGGCAAACGAGGUAAACAUAGGAUAUGAAGACAUGGGCAAUCAACAGGUCUUGAAGUUCAAUGGCACUCAAAUAAAAAACAUUCGUCACCUUGCCCACCUCGUCGACUCAUGUAAGGACAAGUAUCUAGUUUUUGAGUUUGAAGACAAUUAUCUGGCUGUCCUGGAGAGAGAAGCCGCUAUGGCAGCCUCGUCCUGCAUUCUCAAAGAUUAUGGGAUUCCAGCCGAAAGAUCUUCCGAUCUUUUAGAACCUUACGUGGAUUUGCCAACAGAUAAUGAAAAAGUAGAGCAAGAUUUCGGCAAUAGCCCAGUUUCAAGUUUGGAAAUCGGGAAUGAUGGAAUUUUGUGGGCAUAGUUAACUGACAGUCGGCAUCGGCCUAAUUCUUUUCACCCUUGUAGCAUCUCUUACUGGAGGCAGGGUUGCAUCAUCAAUAAGGAUGAAGUGAGGAGUCUGAAGACUGAUCUCCUAUUCUUCCUUUGAGCCUGCGCGAUUCUUGAUCAAUUCUUUUUUACUUAUCAGGUGGAGAUCAAGUUACGAGUGGUUCUACAUGUAAAUUAUGGCGGUCAAUUUUGUAUUUUUUUUUUUUCAUUUUGACGAUUGAGUGAUGUCGGAUCUUGGGUCGGAAAGAUUAUAAUGAAUGAAUUUUUUGGAUGAUACUCCUCGAAUAGUCA